AAAUUAGAUCUGAAACUUCUCGUUUCCUCCAGUAAACUCCUCACCUCACCUGAGACACUCAACUCUCUCUCUGUCUCUCUCUCUCUCUCUCUCUCCUGAAUCAUCAUUCUCCUCUCCUCUGUUUCUCCUUAACAAAGGCCAUCUCAAAUUCUCAAUCAUCCUUUCCAUUCAGUCGAUUCAGUUCACACUCCCAUUAUUUCUUUCUAAUAAUAACUUAGGUGUACGGGUCAACUUACGAGUCCACUUUUCGGUCCUUCAAUGUCAGUUUCCACUGAAAAUGGCAAUCAAUCUCCAAACCCAGCAACCCAUUCCAUCUCCAAAUUCGCGGCCUUCAUCCGUCACUACGCGCAGCCGUUCACAACCUCCGUGCGCGGCGGCCUCAACCUCAUAGACCGCCACAAGACAACCCAAGUCCACGCCCUGCACCCCUCCGAUACCUCCUCCCCUGCCAAACCCACAAUCAGCUCAAUCCUCUCGAGUUCCAGCAACGGCGCCGUUUCGACGUCCGAAGAAGCUCUCCUCCCUUACGGACUCCCUGCAACUGACCUCCUCGAGCCCCCCGUGGAUCCUCACCUCAAACCCGUCGAUUUCCUCGCCGCCUUGUCCGACGUCUACCGCCGCCUCGAAAACUGCCGCGGGAAAAACAAAUCGCUGGUUUUGCUCGAGCAGCACUCGAUCCUGCGUGGCCUUAACGACCCGAAGCUGCUCCGGCGGUGCCUCCAGGCGGCGCGCGAGCACGCGGCGGAUGUGCACUCGGAGGUUGUGCUGUCGUCGUGGUUGCGUUACGAGAGGAGGGAGGAUGAGCUUGUGGGUAUUUUGUCUAACGUCGCUUCGGCUUCUGGGUAUGAUUCCAAUUCAGUUUUUGAUUGUUACAGAUGUCAGAAUGGAAAAAUGGAGGCAACUAAUGUGGGUAUAUCAAUUGGGGAAAGUGAUGUUUGUUUCCGUAUUGGAGAGGGGGAAAUUUAUUGUGUGAGAGAGAGAAUUGCUGCACUUUCGCGCCCUUUGGAAGCAAUGCUGUAUGGGGGUUUUAUCGAGUCGAAGAGGGAGAGGAUUGAUUUCUCAGAAAUGGGGAUUUCUGUGGAAGGAAUGAGAGCAGUGGAUGUGUUUAGUAGGACCAGGAGAUUGGACUCAGUUGCCCCUGGUGUAGUUCUUGAGCUGCUUUCUUUUGCAAACAGGUUCUGCUGUGAGGAAAUGAAGUCUAGUUGUGAUGAGACUUUAGCGUCUUUAGUGUCCAAUGCAGAAAAUGCUUUGAUUCUGAUUGAUUACGGGUUGGAGGAGAGCGCGAAUCUUCUUGUGGCCUCUUGUUUGCAAGUAUUACUGAGAGAGCUACCGAGUUUGUUAUAUAAUUCAAAGGUGAGGAAAAUAUUUUGUAGUCCGGAGGGCAGAGAGAGAUUGGCCAUGGCGGGACAUUGUUCUUUCUUGUUGUACGAUUUCCUUACCCAGGUUGCUAUGCAAGAGAGAGUAACUUCGGAAAUAAUGGUAAUGUUACUGGAGAGGCUGAAAGAAUGUGCUACUGAGAAGUGGCAGAAGGAACUUGCAUUGCAUCAAUUGGGUUGUGUUUUACUGGAAAGGAAGGAAUACAAGGAAGCUCAAAAUUGUUUUGAGGCAGCAGCCGAAAUGGGUCAUGUUUAUUCAGUUGUUGGUGUUGCAAGAACUCAAUAUAAGCAAGGAAAGAGGUUUUCAGCAUACAAGUUGAUUAAUUCUCUGAUCUCCGAGUACAAGCCAGUUGGGUGGAUGUACCAAGAAUUGUCAUUGUAUAAUGUGGGGACAAAGAAGAUUUUGGAUAUGAAGACCGCCACUGAAUUGGAUCCCACUCUUUUGUUUCCUUAUAAGUACAGAGCAGUUGCAAUGGUGGAAGAAAGUCAAAUUGGGCAAGCCAUUUUGGAGAUUAACAAAGUCAUCGGGUUUAAGGUUUCUCCAGACUGCCUUGAACUGAGGGCUUGGUUUUUUAUCACACUUGGGGAUUAUGAAGCUGCUCUGAGAGAUAUUAGGGCACUGUUAACUUUGGAGCCUGAUUAUAUGAUGUUUGGUGGGAAGAUGAGAGGGGAUCACUUGGUUGAGCUCCUCAGUCAGGGUGUUCUACAGUGGGGUCCCGGUGACUGCUGGAUGCAACUUUAUGAUCAGUGGUCUUCGGUUGAUGAUAUUGGUUCUUUAGCUGUUACACAUCAAAUGCUGGUAAAUGACCCUCGAAAGAGCCUUUUGCUUUUUCGACAAUCUCUACUUCUGUUAAGGUUAAACUGUCAAAAGGCUGCGAUGCGAUGUCUGAGGUUGGCUCGGAAUCAUGCUAGCUCAGAGCAUGAAAGGCUUAUAUAUGAAGGAUGGAUUCUCUAUGACACUGGGUAUCGAGAAGAAGCACUAGCUAAAGCUGAAUUGUCCAUUUCGAUUCAGAGGUCAUUUGAAGCCUUCUUCCUCAAGGCAUACACACUAGCAGAUACCACUCUGGAUUCUGUAUCUUCUUCGCAUGUCAUUCAACUUUUGGAGGAAGCUCUCAGAUGUCCCUCAGACAGUCUCCGGAAAGGACAAGCACUGAACAACCUAGGGAGUAUUUAUGUGGAUUGUGGUAAACUGGAACUUGCUGCAGAUUGCUAUUUGAAAGCUCUUGACAUCAAGCAUACAAGAGCACAUCAAGGGUUGGCACGUGUAUAUCACCUUAAAAAUCAAAGAAAAGCUGCUUAUGAUGAAAUGACUAAGCUGAUUGAGAAGGCACAAAACAAAGCAUCAGCUUAUGAAAAGCGAUCAGAGUACUGUGACCGUGAACUGGCGAAUAGUGAUCUCAGUAUGGCAACACAAUUGGAUCCUAUGAGAACUUAUCCCUACAGAUUUAGGGCUGCAGUGCUUAUGGAUGACCAAAGUGAAAAUGAAGCAGUGCAUGAGCUAACAAAAGCCCUAGCUUUCAAGCCUGACCUGCAAAUGCUCCAUCUCCGAGCAGCAUUCCACGAGUCUAUGGGUGACUUCGUUUCUGGUCUCAGAGACUGUGAGGCCGCUCUCUGCUUGGAUCCCAAUCACAAAGACACCCUUGAUCUAUAUAAUCGAAUACACGGUGGAGCUCCCAAUUCGCAUAUGUGAGUCACUAUUUUUGCGUUAAUGAAAUCAUACUGAUUGCCGGUCUUGAAGGAUUUCGGAUGGAACACCAAUCAACUGGAAAUUGAAGACUGCACAUGAUACUUAUGAUUGAAAAAUCGAUUAUUUAUUUCCUACCCCUGGCUGCGUAAGAGUUUGGUUAAGCGCGGAGCCAUGUAUAUAUGUUGAUAUGGAGCUGACGAUGAUGAUUAAACAGUUUGUGGAGCAGCCCACGAGACCUCUAUAGAACAAAAACAAAUUUUCCCACCACACAAUUCAGCUGGCCGAGAGGGGGUUUGAGAUGGUUGACAGAGGAGAUUGUUUUGGAGGAUGGCAUGAGAUUUUGUGCAUUUUGUCUCAGUAAGAAAGGAAAUUUUCAUACAAUUUCUCAUGUACACUUAAAAGGUUCUUAUAUAAGACAUUGAUUUCUUCUAAACUGAGAGCAGCGGUUGGAGAUCUCAUUUUUCUCUUUCAGUUGCAUUAUGGAUGGCUUUGCUGUUGUCUUCAA